AUGAAACAUAAAAUUAAAGCACUAAACCCUCUCACUUACUCUUCUUGUGGUGGCGGCAGCUUUUCUGGUGGUGGCAACGGCAGCUUUUCUGGUGGUGGCGACAGUGGCUUGUUCUGUUUAGGAGAAGCUCUAGUGCAAGGGGUUAGCCCAUGCAGCGCUGAAGACCCAGCUAUGGCAAGGUGUGGGGCCCACGGGAAGAUCAGGCCCGUCGUCUUGCCUUCGGGAAGCUGA